AUGAUUAGCCGAAUAUGGCCUGGCGCAUGUUCUGGGCUACCUGCUUUGGUGGCCAGUGCCCCGUUCGUCGUUCAAAGAGCCUCUGUUCAUCAUCACAUGGAAAGGCAGGAUCUGGCUAGAUUCCUAGGGAUUAAGCGAUCUAAUAAGGCACGAGCUAAUCGAAACACACACGUCAAUGAGAAGAUGUUCAGAAAGUUGCGUGGACGGAAAACAGUCAUGAUAGAACUUCCCGAUGACGAAGAGCGGCGUCGUCAUGAAUCCUUGACUCCAUCUGAAUUACGAGUGGAGCUUCUCCGAAAGGGCAUCAAUCCCUACAAAGAAGUUCAACCACGUGCAUGGCAAGAAUCGCAAACCACAAUGCAGUCCUUCUAUGCUGUAAUCGAUCCGUUCGUCACUCCUGAAGAAACAUUGCCAUUCUUAACAACUAGCGUUGAUGGCUUAAAGCUGAAAGGAGACGAGUUGAAGCAACGAGCUCUGCACAGAUACCAUAAUUGGCGAAACGGCACGAGUAGAAUAAGGAAGAAGGAAGGUUUUGAAAAAUUCGACCCCAAGACUUUUGGCCCAACUGCCGAUCUCAUUUAUGAAGAAGCACAUCAAGCUCUUAUGAAGAGGGACAAGCCCGCAUUACAUAAAUGUAUCACUGAGCAUGCUUUCAGAAAAAUGUGGCCUGAUGUAGAGAAUGGCUCCAUUCAGUGGGAACUUGUAGAGCGACUGGAGCCAAGCAGGGUAGUUUCCGUUCGUUGUGGAGAUAAUCCAUACAAGUCAGGGAACGACAUAGCUCAAUUGACGGUGCGAAUGGCCACACCAAACAGGUUGGCCGUAUACGAUCGUUUUGGACAUUUGUUACUUGGAUCAGAAACGGAACCACGGGAAGUAGUGGAAUAUGUAGUGUUCGAAAAUCACAUUGCAGUCGUGGAUGGUAUGUGGCGCCUGCAUGAUAAGCUGACGGAAGUGGAAGUGAACGACCUUUACAACCGUCGAGUCUUCCACUACGUGCCCAAGAGCUCGAAGAACAGCGCAAAAAGGACGAAAAAGAAGGGAAGACCAGCGAAGAAACGUGAUCCUGCUGGCGAUUCGCUAGUGUCGACCUGUAGUGCUGAAUAUUGUGCCUUUAAUUCUCCUUGUUCUAUUAUGUCUUCCGCCAUUACCAUCACCAAGAAGGAAACCGCUAAGGAGAAGGUAAAGAAAGCAAUAGACGAUGAGGAAUUUGAAGAGUUCCCAGUUCAAGAAUGGGCAGAGAAGGCUGCUGACGGAGAUGAUGAUGAAGUAAAUGUAUGGGAGGAUAAUUGGGAUGAUGAAACUCAUGAAAGUGAUUUUUCCAAGCAGCUCAAGGAGGAGUUAGCGAAAAGUGGUCAAACUGCCUCGUAA